CCACCGUCUAGGGAGCUCCAGCUAACAAGUGUCCAUAUCCGAGGAUUUGAAAUCCAGUCAGUCUGAAUAAAACCUCGAGACACCAGCAGAUUACUUUACUUUCCUCCGCAGACAUACCAAAAAAUACACACCUUUCAAAUAAUACGCAUUCAGCAUGGUUCUCAUUAAGAGCCUUGUCCUCGCAGGACUGGCGACUUUAUCUUUUGCCAAAGGACCUGGCGCCCCCCCACCAACCUUCGAUAACUCUGCCGUUCUCGACCUUAUUCCCAGCAAUUUCGAUUCGAUUGUGCUCAGCGGAAAGCCUGCUCUUGUCGAGUUCUUUGCGCCAUGGUGCGGACAUUGCAAGAACCUUGCUCCAGUCUACGAGCAAUUAGCCCAGGAUUUCUCUGGGGCCAAAGACAAGAUUAGCAUUGCAAAGGUCGACGCCGAUGCUGAGAAAUCAUUGGGCAAGCGUUUUGGUAUCCAGGGCUUUCCAACUAUCAAAUAUUUUAACGGAAAAGAUGAGACUCCAGAAGACUACAAUGGUGGUAGAGAUCUGGAGAGUCUGACAGAAUUCAUCAACAAGAAGACUGGUGCUAAGGCGAAGAAGGCAAGAGUCGCUCCAAGCGCUGUUGAAAUGUUGAACGACAAGACAUUCAAGGACAAGAUUGGAGCCGAUCAGGACGCCAUUGUUGCUUUCACCGCUCCAUGGUGUGGACACUGCAAGACUCUUGCACCAAUUUGGGAGAAGGUUGCACAGGACUUUGCCAGUGAGGAGGGUGUUCUCAUUGCGAAGGUCGAUGCCGAAGCCGACAACGCAAAGGCAACUGCCAAAGAUCAAGGCGUUUCCUCCUACCCAACCAUCAAGUUCUUCCCCAAGGGCUCUACGACUCCAGAGGCAUACAGUGGUGGACGCACAGAGGCAGAUCUUGUCGCCUUCAUGAACAGCAAGGCAGGAACACACCGAGCUCCAGGAGGCGGACUUGAUGCUAUCGCUGGUACCAUCGAAGCUCUGGAUGCCCUUGUAGCUAAGUUCACUAGCGGUUCAAGCAUUGCUGAAGUCGCUAGUGAAGCUACCAAGGCUGCUGCUGACUUGAAGUCACAGGCCCAAUACAAGUACGCAGAGUACUAUGUUAAGGUCUUUGACAAGCUCUCCAAGAAUGAUAACUAUGCUUCAAAGGAGUUGGCUCGAUUGGACGGUAUUCUCAAGAAGGGAGGUCUCGCGCCGGCGAAGCUCGAUGAGUUCACUAGCAAGACCAACAUCCUCCGAAAGUUCAUUGAGAAGGUUUCUGGCAAGUCUGAGUUGUAGAUACUCGGUUUGAUACGGGCGGGAUGGUAUGUAACAUCAUCAGGAAAAAUGACUUGGGGAAAAAUGACUUGGGAACUGGCGUUUGAUAGCAAUUCAGAACCUUUUAUUCUUCUAUGCUCCGAACAGAUGGUAUUAAGAACCUUUAAUGCCCUGAAAAUUAGUCCAGCAGUAUUAUGACCGUGUAUAGCCCACCAAAAUAACCUGGAAACUCCCCAAACUCCCCAAACUCCUCCCACCUUCCCAAGAACGCCCCAAGUUUAUGCUUCCCAUCUAACAUUUGCAGUCGAAGCCCGCCCAAAUAUCACUUUGUUGGACUGGACUUUCCAUCACGCCCUUCAUUAUUGCUUUGCAGAGUAGCUUCGAGGUUAUCCAAUCGUCUCGACAUCUCGUCCACUUGAGGAGUCUGUUAGUCUUCCUGUCUUCUUCGAAUCUCACAUGCACUGAGCACCUACUCUUUGCAAAGAUCUCACUCGAAACACCCGCAAACUUGUUCGACAAGGAGUUCAGAAGCUCGUCAACAACCGCAGAGAGUUCCGCAGGAGCAGUGGCAUCUCCACCUAGCUAAAUAUUGUCUAUCAGCUCAGUCCAAAGUCCAGGGCUUCCAGAAUAGGGAACGAACCGAAUUGACAGAAUUACGAUUAUUGUUUGGAGAGCUGGAUGACUGGUUGGACGCCAUAAUCGACGUUUUUAGAGCCUGAACGCUGGGAAGAGAUGCAAAUCAAUGAGGUAGAGACUGUAGUAGCACGAAAUCAAGAACGAGGAGCAAGGCUCGAGGUUCGGCGUAUUGUCAGAGAGGCUUGCUGCAGGGCUGGGAGGUGGAC